UCUCUCUCAUCCGUGAGACGUGAAACCAGCUAAUGGUACUACUGCAGUGCCGAAACUCCGCGCAGGCGCUCUACCGUCAUAUCUUUGUUGCAAGCUAGCGAGUAACCAUGGCAGACACAGACUUCACCAGUGGAGAUGCGGGGGCUUCUGCCACUUAUCCGCUGCAAUGCUCGGCACUGAGGAAGAACGGCCAUGUCAUGCUGAAGGGACGACCCUGCAAGAUAGUUGACAUGUCUACUUCCAAGACAGGCAAACACGGGCACGCCAAGGUUCACCUUGUAGGACUUGACAUCUUCACCAACAAGAAGUAUGAGGACAUCUGCCCCUCCACCCACAACAUGGAGGUCCCUCACAUUAAGAGGCUGGACUACCAACUGUUGAACAUCACAGAUGGCUACCUGAGUCUGAUGAGCACCAACGGGGAUGUCAGAGAGGACCUCAAGCUGCCUGAGAGCGACCUGGGCAAGGAGAUCGAGAAGAAAUUUGAUGCUUCCGAGGACAUAUUGAUCACUGUGCUCAGCGCCAUCGAUGAAGAGUGUGCUGUUGGCAUCAAGGCUGCAAACAAGUAACCCGGGGCAACCACCGUUCACCCUCCCCCCAGACCUAUCCUCCCUGUUGGGUCUGGAACCUCACCAAAGUGAAUGGCCUUCAUCCCCCACCUCCACUUGUAUCAGCGCUGGUCGCCCCACACAUGGAACCGGACCGGUCUGACUGGAGCUCCUCACUUAUUGCUGACUGGCAUUUUCCUGGAUCACUGAAGUUCUCCUCUCUAGACUGUGACCCCUGGGUGAUCUCUCCUCUGGAGGAUCUCUCUCCUGGAGGAUCUCUCCUCUGGGUGAUCUCUCCUCUGGGUGAUCUCUCCUCUGGAGGAUCUCUCCUGGAGGAUCUCUCCUCUGGAGGAUCUCUCCUGGAGGAUCUCUCUCCUGGAGGAUCUCUCCUCUGGGUGAUCUCUCCUCUGGGUGAUCUCUCUCCUGGAGGAUCUCUCCUCUGGAGGAUCUCUCUCCUGGGGGAUCUCUCUCCUGGAGGAUCGCUCUCCUGGGGGAUCUCUCUCCUGGAGGAUCUCUCUCCUGGGUGAUCUCUCCUCUGGAGGAUCUCUCUCCUGGAGGAUCUCUCUCCUGGGUGAUCUCUCUCAUGGAGGAUCUUUCCUGUGGGAUCUCUCCUCUGGGGUCCACUGAAGGUAUCUCCCCAGGGAGGUCUCUCCCCUGAAUGGUCUCUCCCCUGGGGGUGUUUUCCCUAAAGGUAUCUUUCUCCUGGUCUUAUUAGUUUACGAACAAUAGCACUUCACAUUCCUACUCAAUUUGAAUAUAUUCAGGGUCAUGUUCUAUUAUGUGUUUACCAUUAUUUGACUGUUAAUCUAUUGUUUUUAUGUUUUGUGUUUUUAUUUGACACUUUUAUGUUGUGUUCAUGGUGGUUAUGUUUCAUGGUGGACUUGUUGUUCAAAGCCUCCAUCAAGGUAGGGCUUUUUCUCCUAGUGGAGCCUCCAUCUUUCAUGCCCUCUAGUCAUUCCAAAGCAUCAGUCAUUCCAUCCCCAGAUGACCUACUAUUCUACUACAUAGAAUGGCUAACUUCAGUGAUUGUACACAAUGCCUUUCUGCCUUAAACACAAUGAGACACACACACACAUACACACGCGCAUCAUUGUAACCAACUUAGGGACAGUGUGUGAUUACCUCUGCAGCUGACCCCCCCCGGUGGGCUUCCCCCAAAUGUGGCCCUUCCUCUUCACUCUCUGCUGGGGGAGGAGCUAAGGUUGGGGGGGAGGGGCCAUCCUGUCUACGCUGCAAAACCUCUUACUUUCACUUGAGGCCUUGGUGACCUGAUGUAAAAUAAAAAGGGGGCAUGGGGAGGGGCGUAAAAAAACUAAACGGAACACAUAUUUAUAUGCUAGUGUUUGUUCUGAUGUACUAGCAGUAUUUAGCAUUUGGGUAAAUGGACCCACCCCACACAGAAACACCCCAUCUCGCUUUACUAUUGGUAGAGAGAUGGCACGCGACGAGCAACACAUAGGCAAGGUAUAGUCACUGCAUGUCACCUAGGGUCCCUUUAUACAGACACAGUUCUACACGGCUAGUUGUGCAUGUUUCCGAGGGGCGGAGA